GGGAAGUAGUCGAGAUAGCUCUGGAUAUUCGUUAUGCAGCUCGCCUGAAGUUGAUAUUGUUAACGAAAAUGAUCAAAAGCGAUAUUAUUGUCAACGAUGUUUGAAUCAUAAGCAGCAACAUCCAAGAAAAGGCCACAAACCAUUUUGCCAAUACGCAAAUUGUGAGUGUGCAGACUGUCGAAUGGUGGAAGAAAGACGAAGGUUGAAUAAUAUGCUAAGCUCAAGACGAGUUGGUUCAUCAAAUGGUAACAAUCGUUCAACAAAUGGCAAGAAGAUUCGCGAUCCAAAAUGUGCUCUUUGUUCAGCGCACGGUGAUAAGCAACCACUUCGUGGCCAUAAAAAAGCACAGUGUCCAUUCCUAAAAUGUGGCUGUCAUUUGUGUGGUUUAGUAGAAAAUCGCCGUACAUUAAUGGCUCGUCAAAUAAAAUUACGAAGAGAUCAGCAAAAACAAAGAAAAGCGCAACUCAGUGCUAAAUUAAACAAUCCUGAAAUGGCUGAGAAUACAUUAAAUCUUGUUCAAGGUAUUUUAAAUAUUUAUUUAAAAUAA